UUCAAAUCAAGAUUGAUGGCGUUAACUAGUAAUAGCUCUAUUCUAUCAUGAUUAUAUUUAAACCCCUUCUCCAAGCCUUAGUGGCAACGAUUCUACUCACACUCUCCUUGGGACGAGUGUCCCUCCAAUCCCCAUCCCACCAGCAACUCAUUCCACAGUCUAAUAACCACUGGGAAGACCCAGGCUGCGACGGCUCCGGCAUCGUCGAUCCAGACGGCCACUGCAAUGGCGAUGGAAUCAUCGACAACCCCCAGAACCCCCGAGACAAGGAGCGAGAAGGAUUCCGAUUCGACAAUCCUUCAACCAACUGCAAAUACGUUACGCAAAUGCACAUCUGGGACUCCUUCAAAGAUCUCGAGAAAGAUAUGAAUAAACUAUUUACCCUAAUUCACAAGAACGUUAGCUUCACCGUGGUGGGCCACCACCCCAUAGCCGGCCAUUACAACGACCUGCUCCAUUUUUAUGUCAAUGCAUUGCGUCGAGUGAGCGUUUUGUUCAUGGACCAUGCAGACAAGUUCGAGAUUCAUCCGCAGGCUAUCCAUGGGGGCUGUAAUAGUGCUUGGUCGGUAUCAGAGAUUAACUUCAAGGGCGUCAUGAACUCUGGGGAUGAUUUCGACAUUGUAAAUGUGUGGGUGACGAGAUGGUAUCAAGAUCAGAUGGUCGAGAUUCGGACAUAUAUAGAUGCCCCGCGGAUCAUGGAUGCUCUUCACAAGAACGAGCUCUGGUGGAAUGGCACCACGUUUCGUGACAAUGUGCACUACAUGCCGGGGCCUGCAGGUAUGCCUGAUCUCAAGGAACUGGAGGACCUCAUGGGUUAUCCCGAUGGCCGUAACUAUGAGGACUGAGUCAGGGAGUUGGCAAUUCAUAUACAAGGUAGCUGCAGGCACAGCCAAUAGUGUAGUUUUGAUUAGUAAAAUGGCCCCAUGUGGUGAUUACCUUUCGUC